AUGGGGUGGUGGCCGUUUGGUAAGGGCAACGAAAACACACAGAGCAUAGAGAAUGCAACUAGUGGACAACAACAUACAGAAACGGACAAGAGAGACGACCUUGUGUUGAAACAGCCUAUUUUCCUAGACGAAGUUUCUGGGAAGUUCCCCGAGUCCCCGCAGACACGUCCACCGAAUGGUGCUGAGGAGCAGUUUUCAACGUCCAAAGAGGUGAAGAGAUUCAUAUCGACCUUGAAGCCAGAACAGUUUUACCUCUCCAACUUGGUGACGAUCCCUUGUUUCCGAGAGGCAGGGCUUUCCGGGUUCACCUGUUUCUUUGUUUUUUCUUCGGUUCUCUUUGUCUAUCAUAAAAACCUACGCAAGUCUGUCAAUUGGGGGUUUGGAGGGCUCUUGCUCGGAAGUAUCUUUGGCUGGGAGCACUGCAACAACCAGCGUAGAAACUCUCUGAUGGCUGUCAAGUUGGCCCAGGAGAGAUUUGAGAAGAACCACAGAGAGAGAAAGGAGUAA